AGUUUCCGUGCCGCUGACGCAUGCUGGCGCGCACAGCUGGGCCAGCGCGUCCUCCGCUGCGGGCGCGAGCCGGGCCGCCGCUGCCAAACGGUUCCUGGUGCGGGGCAGGGGUGGGGGGGCGCCGCCGGAGGCCGGGGAGUCCCGGCGGAGUAGGUGCGGCCUGCCGGAGUUAGGGGGUGCCGCCGGGCACCCCAAGCCUGCGCACCCAGAUAGCCCCGGGCACCGGCCUGCGGGCUCAGAUAAGAUUGCCGGAGGGAACCCGGUCGCCGGCCGCACGCCCAACCCCGUCUCGGGGCGCUUCUUGCCCCCAGGGGGCUCCAGUCGCUCGGAGGGCCUUUGGGGUCUGUCUGACGGCUUCUCUCCCGCAGCCCUGAGGAGGCCCGCCUGACGCUUGCCGAGUUGCCAUGGCAUCCUACUACGAGAUUCUAGACGUGCCGCGGAGUGCGACAGCUGACGACAUCAAGAAGGCCUAUCGGCGGAAGGCCCUGCAGUGGCACCCAGACAAAAACCCAGAUAAUAAAGAGUUUGCCGAGAAGAAGUUCAAGGAGGUGGCCGAAGCUUAUGAAGUGCUGUCUGACAAGCAUAAAAGGGAAAUCUACGACCGCUAUGGCCGGGAAGGGCUGGCUGGGGCAGGAACUGGCCCCUCCCGGGCAGAAGCUGGUAGUGCUGGUGGUGGUGGACCUGGCUUCACCUUCACCUUCCGCAGCCCCGAGGAGGUCUUCCGGGAGUUCUUCGGGAGCGGGGACCCUUUUGCUGAGCUCUUUGAUGACCUGGGUCCCUUUGCUGAGCUUCAGAACCGGAGUUCCCGACCCUCAGGCCCCUUCUUUACCUUCUCCUCCUCUUUCCCUGGGCACUCAGACUUCUCCUCCUCGUCCUUCUCCUUCAGUCCUGGGGCUGGUGCCUUCCGCUCUGUGUCCACAUCCACGACCUUUGUGCAAGGACGCCGCAUUACCACCCGCAGAAUCAUGGAGAACGGGCAGGAGCGGGUAGAAGUGGAGGAGGACGGACAGCUGAAGUCGGUCACAAUCAAUGGUGUCCCUGAUGACCUGGCCCUGGGUCUGGAGCUGAGCCGGCGCGAGCAGCAGCCUUCCGUCACCUCCAGGGCCGGGGACCUGCACGUGCGGCAGGCCCCUGCUUCCCGGCCCUCCGAUAGUGACCUCUCUGAGGACGAUGAGGACCUGCAGCUUGCCAUGGCCUAUAGCCUGUCUGAGAUGGAGGCAGCUGGGAAGAAGCCGGCAGCCUGCCCUGGCCGUGGGACCAGGCCGAGAUGUGUUCUGAGCUGGAUGUCCGGGAUCCUGAGCCGCAGCACAGCUCCAGCAGGACAGCGCCCUCCCCCAUGUGCUGGGAGGGGACACUCCAUUCCUCUCCCUCACCCAUGCUGAGCAUAGAGUUGGGACCUGGGUGGCAGGUGGGCACUGGAAGAGGAGGCAUCAGUAGUCUUAGCCUGUGAACUCUUUUUUCCUGCUGUUUCUUGGGGGACUACAAGUCCCAGAAUGCCAGGCGCCCAGCCUCAUUUCUGAUAAGUUGCACUUGGGGGAAGCAGUGGUGUGUU